AAUAGAAAACAACAGUUUAUAGGAAAGUUUCCCCAGUGUAAUUUUGAUGUCAAGACAUUCUAGGAUGACUUAUCUGUCUAAUUCACUUUUUGAAGUACACGUAACUCUCGGAUUUAAAUCCGAAGUUUCCGCAUUUAUUUAUUUGAUCGCCUAGGUUUAAGUUAUUGUGGUAUUUCAAUUCAUCAUGUAGAUCGUGAAUUUCGUUCUUUAUACUUUAUUCUUGGAUGCUAUCCAUAUGAUGUUGAAUCACAUUCAGCUCAACAUCUUCGUGCAUUUGUCGAAGAAAAAUUAAAUGAUUAUCAAUUGUAUUUAGAUAGUUCAAAAUACGUUGUUACUGAUAAUGAAGCAAAGAUGUUGAGUGCAUUUCGUGAAAACUGCAAACGUAUUGGUUAUGCAGAUCAUUAUUUAAAUCGUCAAUUAAAACAUGCUUUUGAAUCUCAACAAAUUCAUGUUACUAAGACUGUUAUUGACCAUGUUAAUUGUGAUGGUAUUCAGUAUUUAUUUUCUACAAUAAAAAAUAUUGUUUCAUCUGUACGUCGUUCACAUAAACAACAAAGUUUAUCAAAGAAAUUGCAAUCGUACAGUGAUACGCGCUUUAAUGGCGCUCUAUUUAUGUUAGAUGUGUUUCGUGAAUUAUUUGAUGAAUUACCACCUGUCUUGAUCAACAUUAAAUUAAUUGAUGAUUUUAAAGAAAUCGACAAACAGUUAUUAGAUGAUGUUUGUGCUUUUCUUGAUUCAUUUCAAGAAGUAAUUAAAUCUUUGAGUGAAGAUAAAAAACCAAGUUUAUAUCUUGUAAUUCCAUUAAGACAAUAUUUAUUGAAGAAAUGCGAUAUCCUUGAAGAUGAUCAUACAAGUCUUAUCGAACUCAAAGUAUUUUUAGCUCAUCGAAUCAAAACUGCUUGGAUGAUUACAAACGAACAUCGUUUAGCAACUGUUUUACAUCCGAAACUAAAAAAGUUUGAGACUUCCAAUGAAGAAAAACAAAAUGCAAUAGAUGUAUUAAAACGAGAAUUUGAAAUUCAUUGUUGUAUUAAUUUUGAUUCAAUUAAUCCUUUAUCAUCAUCUCCAAAAACAUCAGUUACAUCAACACCAAAGUUAGUUUCUUCAUCAUCUUCACAAGUUUCGAUU